AUGGAGCAGAACCCAGAGUUUGCCGCUCUCGGCGCCCUCGGGCUCGCCGGCAUCUGCCGCGAGACCCUCCGCGUCGUCCGCUCCCGCCCCCCAGGCUCCGUCUUCUUGGCCGGCCAGGUGAUCGGGGUCACCCUGUCCUUGCUCGCCCACAUCGCCCUCUCCCGCGCCCUCUUCUCCGACGCCCUCGCCUCCUCCCACGCUGCCGCCGGCCUCCUCCAUCUCGAAAGGAACUGGGCGCUCUUCUUCCUCGUAGAGGCCGCCUGCCUCCUGGCCGUCGUGGUCCAGUCGCUCUGCGCCGCCGCCUUCUGCGUCUUCUGCGUCGCCCCGCGCUACGGCGUCACCGACGACCGCGACAAGCGCUCGAUCGCGCGCGACUACCGCACCGUCCCCUGGUUCUUGGCCAGGUUCCUCUGGUCCGUCUUCGGAGGCAACUCCCACAGCGCCACGCGCCUCAUCCGGACGGCCCGCAAGGUCGCCUGGCGCCUCGUGGUCACCACCUUCGAUGCCUUCCUCCUCCUCCUCGGCUACACCGCCCUCCUCGGCGCCGCCUCAUGGAUGGCGCACCACCAUUUCCUCGCCGCUGCCCCGGGUGUGGAGGAGAGCGGCGCGAAGCUUCCCCAGGUGGCGCUGCUGCUGGGCGGCGCCGCGUACCUCGCCGGAGCCGCGCACAUCGGUGCGGUGUGGCGCGUGGCCUGCCUGAUGCUGGUGCUGGAGGACGAGUGGGGCUUCCGCGGCAUGCACAUUAGCGACGAGCUACUCGCCGGCAAGUACUGGGCCGCGGCCGCCGUCUUCUGGACGACCGACGGCUGCGUCGUCGCCACGCAGCUGGCUUUCGGAGCGCUGGUGGUGGACGACAGGAUGGGCCUCGGCAUCCGGCUCCGGGUGGCCGCGGGGAUCACCAUGGUGGUGGUGCUAUGGGCGGCGGUGAUGGCGGGGCUGGUGGCGCAGGUGGUGGUGUACUUGGUGUGCAAGAGCUGCCACCGCCAACGCGAGAGCUUGCACGUCAUGGAGGCGAAGAACUACCUGACCAAUGCCGGCCGAGGGCGAGCCACUCCCACUGCCACUAGGAAGCGACGGCAGUGA